UUUGCUAUGCAUGCAUGCGAUCUUUGUUUGAGACCGAGCUCGAGCUCAUGAGCACUCGGAACCCAACGAAGGGGUGUUCUGGGAUGGACGUCUGACUCCUUUCACCAGUGACUCGACCACAGUUAUGCGGCUUUCGCCUGGACCUCGCUCUGCUUUCGUAAACUGCAUGUCUUGAUGCGAAUCCCAAUGGCAUCCCAAAUAUGUUGCCUCCUGGUGGGGAGCUCAAUGCUCCUGGCACUGCUAUCUGCGCUGUGCAUGGUAGCAGAGGAAGAUGAGCAGACUUCACAGAAUGGAGGCUGGAAGAAAGGUGGCAGUCUAGUUACUCUAGGACCUUGUACCAUCACCCGCGUGAAUGCGGCCAAUCUCAGCUUGGAGAACUUUGCUAAGAACUUUGUUGAUGCAGGCCCUGUGCUGAUCGAAGGCAUAGACAACAAUCAGGAGUUCCGCCGUGAAUGCACGCGCGACAACUUGAUCACAGCAUACGGCCAUCGCCGCAUCAAGCUCACUACUGCCACAUCCACAUCGCUGGUCCGUGCCCCAGUCUCUCUCAAAUACUACAUAGAGAACAUGAUGCAAGCGCAGAGUGUGCAAACUCCGGCCAACGAAUCGCUCUAUCAUUUCGGCGACACAGACCGGGAGGAGUGGAAGUCGGUGUUCGAUCUGUAUAACUUCCCUGCCUAUCAGGUUCCCGGUAUGGAGCCGAUGAUCAGCUUUGGACUGGCUGGGCCCGGUACCGGUGUGCCCAUGCAUUUCCACGGCCCUACCUUUGCCCAGGUUAUGUACGGUAGAAAGCGUUGGUUCUUCUACCCGCCGUCGCAGGACUUCCGCGUCGGCUAUCACUCCGACCUGUCCAUGCUGCAGUGGUACCUGGAAGAGUACCCGUUGCUGGAUGACGUCACCAGGCCGCUGGAGUGUACGCUGGAACCCAAUCAGUUGCUCUACUUCCCGGACCGCUGGUGGCACAGCACUCUCAACAUUGACGAGAGCGUAUUCGUGUCCACCUUUCUCUCGCCGUCGCCCAGCUGAAGAACGACGGGGCACCACUGGACUACUACUGCUCUCACUGUUUUGCGGUUUGCGCUGCACUCCCAAAUGCAAUGCAGUGCUCGGUCAUAGUGUGUGUGCUGCCAACUGCUCAUGUUGCACCGGAGUGUGGUGGUGAGCUGCUUGGCUUGUGUGCUGUGAGAUUUUUUGCCAGAACUGAGUCAAGGUAGCAUGCCCCAAGUGCUGUAGCCCCGGCCCCUUGGUUGUUGGCCUUGCCUGAUGCACCACAUUCAUUUAGAGGGCCUGCUCAUGACUCACUGGUCAGUGUGUAGGAGAAGGCGUGCGUGUGCGGCGAAUGCUGUAGCCCCGGCCCCUUGGUUGUUGGUCUUGCCUGAUGCACCACAUUCAUUUAGAGGGCCUACUCAUGACUCACCGGUUAGUGUGUAGGAGAAGGCGUGCGUGUGCGGCGAAUGCUGUAGCCUGUAGGGUCAUUGUUACCUAAUACAGGCUAGGCCCUGUUGAGGAUCCUUUGCUACUUUGCACCUGCCACGGCCAGUGGUGUUGAGCAUGUGCUGUAGUUUUAUUUGAGCCAUUGUGAGUAAGGUUAUCUGGAGCAAGCCACUCAAGCAUUACACAUACUCGCCCUAAUCGCUGCCCAUUAUCUCAUGGCAUUGGCUGCGGAUAUGUGCCCAGAUAUGUGGCUUCUGACGCAUUACGCACGCUAGCUAGUGCACUGGCCGCGUUCUAGUCGCCUCCAUCUGCCAUUGACCACCGCUGCUACCAUCACAGACGCAAGCAGCAGCAGCAGCAGCAGGGGUGGUCGGAGUAGCACCCUCUCCGCUGGGCACGAGGUGAUUUCUUUCUGGCGAGCUAAUAAUUCUUUUAAAAUAAUGUUCAAGUCACUGUCUGGAAAGUGGAAAUCCAACGAGGGCCAGGCAUUUUCUUUUGACUAACAUUCACUACCUUGAGGCUAACCUGCUGCUUUAUGACAGUCACUAUCUGUGCAUGCAGGCAUGCGCAUGUUGACUAUUAAUUUAUUUUGAUGCUUUGAGUAUUCGCUACUGAGCUAUUCGCUACUGAUCUAGAGUCAUCAUAUCAGCAGCCACUUUCUCUUUCUACAUA